AUGAAUGAAUCAUUACUGUGUCGAACCGCCCUGCCGCAGACGGUGCGCGUGCUGGCCAACGGCAGCGCGCUGUUCGAGGGCUACGGGCGCGGGGCGGCGUACGCGCCCGACCGCUGGUGCGGCGACUGGGCCGAGCUGCGCGGCGGCGCGCGCGUGGAGAACGCGCUCUUCUGCCAGCCGACGGCGUCCGCCGACGCCGACGCGCCGGCCGCGCGCUCGCUGCUGUACGGCGCGCUGUUCGCCGUGAGCGCCGUCUUCCUGCUGCUGACGCUCGUCGUGUACCUGCUGCUGCCCGAGCUGCGGCGCUCCGCCAGCGCCAAGGCGCUGCUCUGCCACGUGGCCGCGCUCAUGGUCGGGUCGCUGGCGCUCGCCUCGGGCCAGCUGCGCGCCGUCGUCGCCGACGACGAGUGCUACCUCAUGGGUUUUAUAAUCCAGUACAUGAUGUUAGCUACUUUCUUCUGGUUGAAUGUUCUGUGUUUUGACAUAGCAACCGCUGUCAAGUGGGGCGAGCAGCGGCUGGCCGCGCGGAGCCGCCACGUCUUCCUGUGGUACUCCCUGUACGCGUGGGGCGUGCCCGCCCUCAUCACCGCCGUCACCGUCGCCCUGCAGUUCCUCGAGGACCUGCCUGACACCAUCGUGCUGCCGGACAUCGGCGUAUCCACCUGCUGGUUCCACACGGCGGCGGCCGGGUGGGCGUACUUCUACGGGCCGCUGGCGGUGCUGCUGGGCGCGAACGCGCUGCUGGCGGCGGCGGCGGCGGCGCAGAUGCUGCGCGGGCGGCGCACGCGCUCGCUGCUGCGCGCCGCGGGCGUCGCCUGCGCGCUCUUCGUGCUGUCGGGCGUCAGCUGGCUGUGCGAGGUCGCCUCCUUCGCCGACGGCUCCGACAGCCUCGUGUGGACCGUCAUGGACGUCGUCAACAUCCUGCGCGGCCUCUUCGUCUUCGUGCUGUUGUGCUGCAGGCCCAAGGUGGGGCGGCUGCUGCGAAGGCGACUGUGCGGCGGGACGACCGUGGGAGAAGUUGACGACUGCAGCAGCGGCGCCGGCACCAGCGUCUACAGCGCGCUGCAGAUGGAGACCGUUCCCAGUGCGUGCGAAGCGCCCCAACACCCCACCCCAAACGGCACCGGUCCUCGGCACACCUAAGGACAUUCGGAACAUGCCGAAGGGGUAGGGGGAAGGGUUAAUGGACGAGUGCGGUAGCGAGCUCUUUUUGGCGGGUCGCACGUUCAUGUCCCACUCAGGGAUAGUUGUUUACUUGUGCUUUUAAGACUAUCUUAAAAGUGACGAGUCCCGAAAUUAUUUCACAGAGAGGCAAAUUGCAUAAAGUUCCUUUAUUUUAUGAGUCCCAUUAUGAUUUGCCACAGUUUUGGGGAUUGGUUGACCCCGUCAUCAUUGUUGCCGUGUGUGGUGGCAUGGUGAGUUUUCCCAUCGAUUAUUUUUCCAACAACGCCCCUUCCUUCUUGGUCGAUCCGGGUGGCGACGGAACAUCCCUGUUAAGCACUGUAAUGCGUUACACUCGGAUAAUGCCAUUUCUGAUUCCUCUUGUCAUACGAUGGCACAGACCCAACCACCAAGCACCGCCUUAAUUACCUGGAUCCUUCCCCUCCGGACACAUCCCCUUCUAGAUUUCGGCUAGCGAAGCUGAGAUGGCCGCAAGAGGAACCGCAUUAGCUCUCCUCGAUCACUAACAGAAAAUAUUGAGAUGAGCCUAGGGGCUACUUCAGAAAGCCAAUUAGGGGGCUGGUCGUAGGCCGUCUCUAAUUAUAAUGCGAAGGCCAACGCUCGAGAUUAGAGGCGGGCCACUGACACGUGAACCAAGAGGCUUACUAGGUGUCGUACUUAGGCGCCUGAUACGUUGAAGUAUCCUGAUUCAAGGUUAUAUGUUACUUACAUUCAAUUCGAUACAAAAUGGUGAAAGGGUAUUCUUAUACAGAUGGUGAUUCGGCCAGGGUCGAAUUCGCCUUCAGACUCUAGAAUCAAGUUGUGGUUGGAGACGAAUCAUGUUCAAUGAGCGACAGAUUGGCGAGUGAAAUACGUGAUUGAAGUUAUUGAUUGGUCUAACAACAAAUAGAAUAUAGACAUAAAGGCAUGUUUAAAGUAAUCUUACACAAUUAGAACGCCAGUGUUUCAAUUAAGGCAUCAUCAUAUGAGCGCUUCCCGGUUUGCAAAUUUUCUCUUUCAGAGCCCUGGAUAAGACAUGCUAACUCUUGAAUUUUGCAUCCUUCUUGCGUAACGGAAAUAUCGCAGUUGGGCCAUUAUUGGGAUUCUGGCAACAAUAUUUCUAGUUUCCCUUUGGUACCUGAUUUUGUUUUCAGACGUUCAGUGAAGUAUAAAAAACUGCGAAUUCAAAACUUAAAUGUAUUAAUUUAUCCUUAGAAUAAUAAUUUUUUACUUGUUUGCUGUGCAAGUUUCUAUUUGCAUAUCCUUCUCCUGGGUUCUUGCUUCUUCGACACACGCACAAUAUUUUAAUGCAGUCUUAACUCUCUAGAUAGAGUCUUGUUCUGUUGGAACACUCUUUACCUGUAUCCUCUGUCAUCAUUCUCGUUUUCUUCUGUUCUAAAAGAGGCUUUCACAGCAUUUACAAUGUCCCAGCCAGAUGAGGUUUGUGUAUUUUGCAUCUCUGGGUGGCGUUGUUUAAGUCUACGCCCGACAGAAUUGCUGUAGAUGAGCCUAAAAAAAAAUCAGUUGUACGAUCCCCAUCAUUCGCCAUCAAUGCCACAAAAAUAAGUCAUGAUCCCUCUCUCCCCCUCCAUUCAAAUUUCCCUUUGCCAUUUACUUGCGACUUAUAGAGCUUAGAUAAGCAAACUAUUAAUACUAAAUUACAACCAAUCAAAAUACAAUUGUGAGUGGUUUUUAGACCUUACUUGAGUUAUUUUGUGCUUUGUGAGUUCUAUACAAAAACUGCAACUACUGCAAGUACUGCAAUACUGCAUACUGCUAGUACAAAGUCUAAAUGAUGAGGUGAGGACAAGUAGUGAGAGAAAGUGAAAAAGUGUGGACCAAUGAGAAUAGAAGCCGGAAUAGAACACCAUAUAAACUUCUUAAAGGGUAAUUACAAACACUGAAUAAUAAGAGGACUCAAACACCCCAAUGUACAUUUUCUACGUGCCAUUAACAUGAUUUUUUACAGAUUUAAAAACUUAGAAUUUAAAUAUUGUGGUCAAAAUACUUUCAAAGGAACACUUAAAAAUGGUAAACUUGAAUGUAUUUUUCUUCAUUCAACAAAAACAUUGAUGAUGAAAAUAUCUGUAGAAAGUUCACUUGAACUUAGAAAAUAAACAAAUGACAAAUA